UUUCAGAAAAUCUGUGAAUCUCGAGCUUUACAGUUCACUUCCCGAACGCGCACUAAAGUACUUCGGCAGUUUCUUAUUUGUCUUUGUCUCAAACGUAGAUGUAUUUUCAAGCAAGAAUCCCAUCUUUGUUUCGACAAAAGACAAUUAUCAAAUCCAAUUAAUCAACUUUGAAUUUCCUAACACUGCAAAUCAAUCAUAAUCAGUGCGAGUGAACUUUGAAAUUUGCAUAGAAUUUAAUUAACAGAAUAUUUUUAUUUUUUUUUAGUUUAAAAAGGAAUAAAUAUUUUUUUACUACUGGUACUUUGCAAAAAAAAGGAAAAAAAAAUAAUGGACAAUUUAGUUUGCGUUGAGGAUUUUGAAAAGCAGGCAUUGAAAAUUUUGACACCCCUGGCAAGAGAUUAUUAUAAAGAUGGAGCUGGAGAAGAACAUUCAUUGAAGUUGAACAAAGAAGCUUUCUCAAAAAUUCGAAUUUUGCCAAGAAUGUUGAGAGACGUGACAGAAGUUGAUAUUUCAACAACAAUUUUGGGUGAAAAAGUUUCGAUGCCUUUGGGAAUUGCACCAACUGCCCUGCAAAAAAUGGCACAUCCUGAUGGUGAAUGCGCCAAUGCAAAAGCUGCUGAAGCAGCCAGAACUAUUUUCACUCUCUCGACAAUUUCAACGAGCAGUAUAGAAGAAGUUGCCGCUGCUGCUCCAAAUGCGAUAAAAUGGCUUCAACUUUAUGUAUUUUCCGAUCGAAAAUUAACCCUGGAACUUGUUCGUCGAGCUGAGAAAGCGGGUUUUAAGGCUUUAGUUUUAACAGUCGAUGCACCAACUUUCGGAGACAGGAGAAAUGAAUUGAGAAAUAAAUUCAACAUCCCGCGCCACUUAAAAUACGCCAACGUUGAAGAUUACGCCAGGGAGAAUAAAGUUUAUGAUAAACCAAUUUAUAAACUCUUUGAUCCAUCACUCUCGUGGAAGGACGUCUCAUGGUUGAUGAGCUACACUCGUCUUCCACUCGUGAUAAAAGGGAUCCUCACCGUUGAGGAUGCAAUAUUAGCCGUGAAAUAUGGAGCCAGCGCUAUUCAAGUUUCCAAUCACGGGGCUCGACAAAUUGACGGAGUUCCCGCACCGAUAGAAGUAUUACCGGAAAUUGUAAGAGCAGUUGGUGACAAACUUGAAAUUUACAUCGACGGAGGAAUCACUUCAGGAACAAACGUUUUUAAAGCACUUGCCCUGGGUGCUAAGAUGGCAUUUAUCGGACGUCCGAUGUUAUGGGCUUUGGCAUGUUCUGGCGAGGAAGGAGCGAGGAAACUUUUAGAAUUAUUGAGGAGGGAAAUUUUUCUCACAUUUGCUUUGUCAGGCUGCAGAUCGUGCGAGGAAAUAACGAAAACAAUGGUUUGUCAUGAAACGAAAUACAGCCAUUUGUAAAAUAUUAAAUUUAAAAUAAGUCGGAACAAAAUUUAAUAGAAUUAAUUAAUUAUUAAUUAGCAAAAUUCAAUAGAAUAGAAAAAUAUGCAAUAAAUUUCGUUUUUAACAAAUAAA